AUGGGUUGUUGCUUCAGCAACCCUAAGCAAGACCAACAUGGCCUUAAAAACCAGCAACCCCAGUUCAGAUCCCAUAUACCCAAAUCGAAUGCGACCCAUGAAGCAUACUGCAGAGUCCCAUCACCGCCACCUCUUGAAGAGGAAGCUGUGAAAGAGGUUCUUUCAGAAACACCCAUUUCCAAACCCCAAGUUCUAAUUUUGACUGCAGAAAUAAACACCCAAAUGCCAAUUACUCAACACAGAAAGGGUCCCAUCAACAAAGCAUUGGAGGAGGCUUCAGAAGAACACGCCCUGAUUUCGGAAACAUGCAGCAUGAGCGAGAGCUUCUCCACAACCACCACCGCCACCGUGACGGAAAAGAGAGAAGACGAAGAAGCCACGAGUAAGCGAAGCACCAGAGAGGGAACUCGGAACCGUAAUCGUAAUCGAUCACAAUCUGAUGCAUCCCGGAAGCGUUCUUACACCGUCGACGGCUAUAGAAUCGGCGGGAGACAACCAAGGCCCAAGUCUCCGGCGAGGAUGCCGGAACCUUCGCCGGAGAAGAAGACGCCGGUGGGUUCACGGUCAGUUCGUCGGAGGGAAUCCGAUCAGGUGCACCGUGAUGCCGGCGAUGGUUCCGGCAGGCGGUCGAGGUCGCCAUCGUGUGCCAGGACUGUUGGCGCGGGGAAUGGUCGGAGUCAGCUCAGGCCGCCGGGAGGGGAAGGUCGGCGAUUUCCGCCGCCGGCAAAGGGUGUGGAGAUGGAGAACGGUGGGAGUGAAAAGGUUGGGGAGAAAAACGACGACGUUCCAUUGGAAGAGUCGCUUGAGAACCCACAUGUUUCGUUAGAGUGCUUUAUUUUUCUGUAG